UCGAAAUAUUUCGCCACUGAUGCUUUGAUAAUUUGCCUAAAAAAACUAAUUUUUCUAUCUUUCUUGUAAUUAUUUGGUUAAAUUAUUUAAAAUGAAGUAAGUAAAUGGUUGUUAAUAAAAUAAGUAGUACAAUAUUUUAUUUUAUUAAAGAGCGCUGCUGUAAUGUAUGUAGUUACACAGGUUGAAGGUAACAUACUAAUUGCAGGCGCUGUUAUUCGGAACUUAAUUAAUUGAUAAUAUUGAUAUUAUUUUUUGAAAGAUAUGGGUAACCAUAAGGGCAGUUUUCAAGCAUCACAACAUUGUAUCUGCUCAAAAAUAAUUUCACAUAGCAUUAUAUAUUGGAACUAAAUUGGAUCCUAAAAUUCACAGCAUAAUGGCUCUGCAAAAUACAGAUAUCACGUUAGAGAUCACUAGUGAAUUAGAACAACCUGAAAAUCCAGAUAUUAAGCAAGAAUUAGAAAGAGAAGAAACAAACAUAACUGUGCAUAUUAAGAGCGAAGAAGAUGAUGAGCGUGAAGACGGUGAUAAUGAAUUUGAGAACAUCCAAUUGGAAAUCAAGGAAGAAACCAUUUAUCCAUGUUAUGAGAAAGAUAUGUCAACGAACCCAUCACAUAGUAAUAUAAUGGUAAAUUUACCUGUACUAUCUCAGAAUUUAGAUAUAGAAGGCUAUGAGGACAUGACCAAAAAUGAGAGGGAAGAAGUGGAUGCAACAGAAAUGGAGAAUAAUAUGGAAGUGAAAGAAGAAACUGGUGCUGUUGAUGAAUCGGUUGUGACAUAUGAUUAUCCAAAUUUUGAUGACACAGGCAGUAUGGACAGCAGAGAUGCAGCAGUCUUAGGCAAUGUGGAAACAUGUUUACAAGAAGAAAUCAAUAUAAAAACAGAAGGUGUUCUUUUAGAUCAUGAAAAAGAAGUAUUGGGUAAACUUAAUGUAAAAGAAGAAGCAGAGUUAACAGUAACAGAAACUCAUUUGAUAUCCAAUAAAGUGAUCAAUACCACAUCAACUAUAACAAACCCGCAGGAUGGGUUAAUCCAAUCACAAACCACUAAAACAUUAGUUAUGGAGAUUCUCCCCAUGCCUCAUGGGUCUGUUGCUUUGUCAAAGAUAGGCAACCCUGAAGAAAUAUUGCCUACAACAUAUGACGAUUCAGAUCAAUACAAUGAUAUGUUUCAAUUAAAUUCCAUAACGGGGAAUGUUUUGUCAUUAGAACAAGAGGCAUAUGGUCUAUUAAAAACAAAUACAAAACAGGUAACUCCUAAAUUUUAUGCCUGUUCAAAAUGCCCUAAGACACUCACAAGUAAUUAUGCAUUAAAGAGACAUUUAAAUGUGCAUGAUGGUAUUGAAAAAAGGGCAAUGGGAAUCAUCAAAGGUCAAAGAACAAGGCAAGAAAAUUUUGAACGGAAACUAAACGAGAGUUUGAUAAAGAGACUUGGUAAGCAAGAAAAGUCUAAACGACUUGAAUCAAAAAUCAAGAAGGAACGUCGGAAACUAAUUAAAGUAGAAAUUAAACCUAAGACAAGUCAAUCAAAUACGAAAUCAAAACACCAAAGUAAUAAAGUGGAAGAUAAGAAUGAAAAGGUAACUCAAGUAGAUGUCAAGGUAAAGGAAAUAAAAAAGGAAGGAUACGAAUGUACCUGUGGCAAGACCUUCCGUCGCAGAAGUAGAAUGGAGACUUGUUUGCGAUCACACGACCUAUUCUUAGACACAAACUCUCGUUAUCCUUGUUUAACUUGUAGAAAACAAUUUAGAGACAAAGAUGAGUUGGCAUUACACAGAAAGCGGUUACAUCGAAAGAAAUUCCCUUGCAAAUUCUGUCCAACAGAUUAUAGUACAAGAAAGGAGCUCUUUAAACAUUUACAGAUACACCAAAAAGUUCAACUCAUGGAAUAUAAAGUUAUAUCUGAAAUUGUUAAAGGCAAACAGAAGUUGCGAUGUUUUAUGUGUGCAAAGAGUUACACUGAACUCUCAGAGUUGAAAUCUCAUGUGAUGGAAGAUCACAAGGAGCCCUAUAGUUGCCCUCAUUGUUAUGGUACUUUUUCGAAAAUUAUUGACUUUGGCAAUCAUACAAAAACUUAUCACCCAGAAGUAGAAGGUCAAUCUGUUCUGGAUGUUCUUGAAGCGUUCUCUAAGCUGGUUAAGGCCUGGAAGUGCGAGGAAUGUGGCCUGCAGUUUCACGAGGCAGAUAAACUGGCUCUGCAUCAGAUAGAAAAACAUAGCAAUGACUCUAAAGCAAUUUUCCCAGAGUCCCAGUUUCAAUGUGCCGACUGUCGCCGCGUUUUCAUAAGUCAGAAAGGUUUAACUUCUCACAGAAGGAUACAUCACAGCACCGAGGCCAAAGAAGAAUCGGAGGAUGUGGUAAAGGGCGUAAUGUGUUUAGAAUGUCGAAAAAUUUGCCAAGACAUGGACGCGUUAAAUUCACACAUGCGGCUGCAUUCACCAGACAGGAAGUAUCCGUGCAAAUUUUGCGACUUCCGCUUCGCCACACCCGAAAAGAGGAAAGCGCACGCCGAAUUACAUACAGGAGAUAUGAAAUACGUGUGCUUUAUUUGCGAGUACCAGUGCAGUUCAGAAAAUCGGCUCAAGCAACACAAAUUAUCGGUAAAACAUUCAAAUAUGAAAGAGUUUCUGCUUACGGGCAAGCCUUUGAUUGAACAAGGGCAGUCGACAUCGAAAGACGAGUGUGUUAAGAAGAGAAAGAAAGUUAAAAAGGAUACUGACAGUGAAACUAGUGUUGAAGUGCCCUGCGAUAUUUGUGGUGAUAAAUUUAGUUCCGAAAAUGAAAUGCUAGAACAUAAACAGACUCAUCCCUUCAUAGAAUUUCCCAAUGAUGAUCAACCCACUAGAAUAUUUUUCAAAUAAAUACUUGCCUAUAUAGAGAAUUUUACAAAGACUGGCAAUUUGUGACUUACUUUGUACCUAUGUGUUUGCUGUUUCAUAUUUUUUUUUUUUUUGUUAUAUACGAUACUUUCCACGUUACACAAACUUGUAAGACACGAAUUAUCUGAAUAAGUAUGUUAUAAACAAGCUGUAAUAUAUGUUUGAAAGUAAUAUAUACUAGAGUUCAAACAAAAGUUGAUACUUACAUAACGCCUUGUUUUUCAUUAUGAUUAUUGUCAUACGCGGUUAUUAGGUCCCCUUUUGAUAAAACUGCGAACUUAAAAUACAUACAAGCGUCCUGGAAGAUGCCGAUUCCAGUGAAAAAAGUUACAUUUAAUUCUAAAUUCAACAAAAUUCAAUUGUUUUAUUUUCUUUAGUUUAAUUAGAACUGUGAUUUAUCAUAUUAUGAGGGAAAAUUAUUUGCCAUUGUUGACUAGUCUAAGAUUUCAUAUUAGUUAUUUAAACAUGUUUCAAACAAGAAAUUGUUUAAAUUUUUUAUAUGUACAGGGUGUGGUGUGGUAAUGGGUAUAACAAGUUGAAAUUCAGUAAAUUGCAGUAUCUAUUUAUAAAAAUGAAUUAAUUUUCCUAAGAAAUGUGUCGUUACAUAUAAAUUAAGAACCUUUAAAUCGAUCAUGUGACUGCAUGGUUUAUAUGUAAUAUUAAAAAUAAUUUUAUAUA